UUAAAGGUGCAUAAAGAAACUUUAGAUAAAGUUCCUAAUGCAUUACCAAAUAGGAAUAAUAUAGAUAUUGAAAUCUAUGGUAUGGAAGGCAUUCCAGAAGAAGACAUUAAAGAACAUGAAAGACUAAAAGCAGGAGGAGCUCAAGAUAGUGAUAGAGAUGAUCCUAAAUCUGAUGAUAAUAGUAAUCCAGGUCCUAUAACUUCAGUUUCAUCUGCCAUGCCACCAGUAACUGUUGCUCCAGGAAUGAUGGGUCCAAUGCCUGGAAUGAUGGGACCUGUGCAUGGAAUACCAUUUGGUCCUGGAAUGCAUGGACCACCAAUGGGGCCUAUGCCACCAAUGGGAAUGGGACCUAUGGGGCCAAUGCCCCCAAUGGGAAUGGCACCACAUUUUAUGGGUCCUGGAGGGAUGCCACCUGGAUCUAUGCCAGUAAUGGGACCUAUGGUUCACCCCCAUGUACCUCCAGUUAGUGUUGUACCACCUGUUUCACAAGCUAUUCCAGCCAGUGUUGCUGCUGCUGCUGCUGCAACAGUAUCUCAACCUGCAAAACCUUUGUUUCCAGCAGCAGCUGGUCAGGCUGUGACAACCACCUCUUCAACUCCUGUGGGGGCAGACUUUAAACCUUUAAGUUCAUCUCCAAAUGUAAAACCUACUUUUCCUGCCUACAGUGGAACUAAUACUACUGCCAGUUCAUCAGAAUCAACUGUUACAACAAGUAGUACUAAGACAGGUCCUUCAACUUCAUCUGACACUAAAAAACCAGCCACAAUAAAUACAUCUGGUGCCACAAGUAAAAUUAUACAUCCUGAGGAAGACAUAUCUUUGGAAGAGAGACGAGCUCGUAUGCCCAAAUACCAAAUGAUGAAUGCAGCAGCUGGAAAUGUAUCACAACCUCCAACUAGUGCAGUAAUGACAGGCCCGGGUAAAACUGUUCCUAUGGCACCAGGUCCGGUUCCACCAGGUCCUCCAAUGAUGAAUGGUAUGAAUAUGAUGAGACCACAUAUGGGUAUGCCACCAGAUAUUAAAUUUUCUGGAAAAAGCUAAAUGCCUGAUUUUGACAAAUUUUUUCAAAUACCUUAAAUAUGUAAAUAAGUAAUGUGUAUUUUUUAAUUAUCUGAAAAUUCAACUCAUGCAUUUCACUCCUUGUAUGAUGAAAUAAAUGACUACAUUUUUUACAUUUUGACUACAAGUUACCCUGUAUUUACUUUGAUAAAUUUUUUGAAUGCUCUGAGUUUUCUGGUUUAUUUUGUUAUAUUAGAAAAUUAAAUUCAUUAAAAUAAGAACUGUUACAACAUAUCAAACCAUUAUUUGUUACCAUUUUUGAAUUAUUUUUAAUGUACUAAAGAUUAUUUCAUAUUAAUUUUAAGUUUAGAUUAAAUCUUUUAAUAUCAC